AUGUGGCGCAAACGAGACGUCAGUUGUGCAGCUGUGUGCGCACUUCUAGUUGCGUUCCUCUUGACGCAAACAGAGGCUUCUAGUUUGAGAAAAACUGAAAGAAAAGAAGCAGCAGAGACUACAAGCAUCCGAAAAGGAAUCAUCGUGUUUGGAGAAGGCCCUAAUAAUAUUUCCUUGGAUGGUGACACCGCCUCUUACCAAGCCGACUCUCCAGGAAUUCUAAACCAUUGGCAUCAGAUGCACGCUUCACUGGGGUGUGGACAAGCAGGUUUUAUGAAAUUCAAAGCUUUUGGACCGCUGGUAAAGCACUUUUCACUGGGCCAGCAGCCUCAAUCCUGUCAGUACAAUGCUCAUAGAACUCCGUUUGGCUACUCCGUGACUAUUCCCUUUAAAGGGUGUUGUCUUGUUUAUGAGGAUGGAAGCAACAAUUUCCCAAUAAAUUGGCAUGGAGUCCCAUUAACUCUGAAGUGCCCCAAAACUCCAGAUGGCAAUCCAACUGCAGAUCCUCAUCCCACCUGGCCCACUCAUCCCACCUGGCCCACUCAUCCCACCUGGCCCACUCAUCCCACCUGGCCCACUCAUCCCACCUGGCCCACUCAUCCCACCUGGCCCACUCAUCCCACCUGGCCCACUCAUCCCACCUGGCCCACUCAUCCCACCUGGCCCACUCAUCCCACCUGGCCCACUCAUCCCACCUGGCCCACUCAUCCCACCUGGCCCACUCAUCCCACCUGGCCCACUCAUCCCACGCAUCCUUCUAUUGAGAAGUUGCUUUACUAUUUGCAUCAACUGGCCCAUAACUACGACCAGUCUUCUAAUACUGCUCCUCCACCUGACUUUUUGGCCUUUUUGCAGUACUUACUAGGCUAUCUGCAUCACCUGGCCAAUGACCAGACCACAACUACUUCACCUGAAUUUGCACAGUAUUUGCCUUAUUUGCUCUACUAUUUGCAUCAGCUGUCCCAUAACCAUGACCAGUCCACGACUUCUCCACCACCCGACUAUGCAGCAUAUUUGCAGCAUUUACUUUACUAUUUGAAUCGACUGUCUCUUUAUGACCAUCCCACUCAGGUGUCCCCUCACAUUUACCCAUUUGACUUUAAUCAUUUAAUUCCGUUCCAACAUGCUGCUCCAGCUCUCAUAGGGAAUCUUGCCUCUGAUGACCAAACCAACCAAGUGAACCAGUUGUUCCAGAGUUUGUCAGGGAGUUCAGCACAAGGGCAGCAUAACCCUGACCUUUAUUGGGCCCAGCCACCUACUACCCCGUCUACCAAGGCUCAAGGACAUCUGCCUCACAAACAACAUAUAGAAGUUUCCUCACUGUUAACAAAGGCUUGA